UUGACAGAGCAACACAAAUAAAUACGAAGUCAUUGAGGAGCAUGCCUUAACGGGACUGAACAUGGCCAGUCGGUGGCGGGACGGUCCCCGGAUCAGCGAGCCGGAGCCGCCCGCGGAGAGCCGCGGGUGUGCGCGGGGGCUGCCGCGCUGGAUGCGGCUGUACUUGUACGGGAUGCACGGCGUGACGCUGGACGUGCUGCUCUCAUCCCUGCAGGGGCUCGCCAAAGACCGGGACCCCAAGCUGCUGGGCUUCUCCUCCCCUUACCUGUGCAUCAUGCACGCACUGACCCACUUCGUGCUGGAGAAGAUCUACUCCCAGAAGAGCCGUUUCCGAGGCCGGCCGGCGGUGUUUCAGCUGAUCUUCUUCCCGUCCGUGUACAUCGGGCUGCAGAUGCUCGUCAGCAACAUCAGCAACAUCAGCAACAUCAGCAGCAUCAGCAUCAGCCUGGCCGAGCAGGUGCGGCUGCUGUCAGGCACUCAGCUGGCCGUGCAUUACGUCCUGGCCCUGUACUUCUCCCAGGUGCUGCACCCAGGGUUGUCACAUCUGGAGUACGACCCCAAAUGUGACCCCAACAGAAGAUGUGGGCUCCCCGGCUUUGCACGUUUUGCCUUUUUCGGCAUGCACGGUUUGCUGGACGAGGUGUUCUUUACCUCCCUGUUCCACCUGGUGGAGAGGUCUGACCGGAGCCUGAGGGGCCACACGUCCCUGUGGUCCUUCCUGAUGUACGGCAGCUGCAGCUUCGCCGUGGAGAAGCUGUACCUGCACCUGCACUUCGGCAGGGGCUGGGGCGCCGGCAGGAGGCUCCCUGUCUACGUCUGCCUCAUCUACGCCUGGGAGCUCAGCUGGGGCCUGGCCCUGAGGCAGUUCCACGCCUGCUCCUGGGAUUACUCCCACUACCCCCACAACUUCAUGGGACUCAUCACCCUCCUCUACCUCCCCGGCUGGGUCUGCCUGAGCCUCUACCAGGACGUGCUGUCCAACGUCCUCCUGAGGAUCAGACGCACCGCUUUUGAGGGAAACUGUGCGAGUGGGGAGAAUGGAGAGGUCAACGGACGACUGGAGGCAACCAAAAAACAACUUUAAUUGAAGUUUUUAAUACUUCCUGGGAAAACUCAGACCCACAUUUGACUGAGGAUGAAACGCACCGACAUACACGCUCCAGAAAUGACAAGGAAGUAAACGGGUACAUAGCACAGACUGGGCCAUUCCCAAACCAGUUUAAAGAGAACAAAAUGUUUUUCUCCAACCAAACCGGUUUAAAGAGAACAAAAUGUUUUUCUCCAACCCAAGAUUAGCAUUUGUCACAUAUCACUUCAUUAUUAACUAAAAUCAUGAUUACUUUUAGUCUCAUUUGCUACGAGCAGGAGUGUGAAAUACAGGAUGCAAGAUGGCUUCAUAUUUUCAGUAAAGUUAAGAGUGCAUGUUUGAGUCUUGACACUUGCUACCAGCAUGCAGAUUAGAUCUUUUUUCAAUUUGUCACUCAGAUAUUUGAGGGACCAUGAUUGUUUACCCAACCCAGUUUAAAGCUGCACUGAGGAGUUUUGCUUUCACUUUGAAAUAUAAAUUAAUUUGAAUGACUAUUUGCUUAGUUUUUCCAAAUGGGAGCCCACAACGACGCCUCCUAAAGAUAACCAAAGUUAUUUUCGACUUCCAGUUGUCAUGUUACGACAUUAUGUCACAAUGAUUAAACUAGCUAUGGUAGACAUUAAGGCAUAGGCAACUAAGAGAUUCAAAGUAACAAUUAAGGAAAAACAAGUGAGUGACCAAACAAAAUAAUAAAAAAAAGUUCAUCUCCGACAAAGGUGUAAAGGCGGACUGGGAAAACUGCAAAGGUUCCUUUUCCCACUUUAAAUUCUGUUAACCUACUGCCAUUUUUGUCUUUCUAAUGAAAAAUACAAUUGUAAUAUGAAGGACUUUUGCACAGUCAUGAUUUUAAAGUGUGAAUAAGUGAAUAAUCUUUGCAGAAGUUGUGAGCUAUUGAGUUCUGCUUUUAGUUGAAUUAUGUUGUGUACAUUUAGAUCAGCAUGCUCAAACGUAUUUGCAUGCUAAACCUACAAAGAAAAUAACACAUGGACAUUUUUCCAGUAAUUGGGCUUCAUUCACAAAAUCACACAUGUUCCCCCCUAACGUUCCAAUUUCAAAAAUGCUUGAAUAAUUUUAUUAUUAAUGAUGCAUCUUUGCAGAAAACUCAAUUUCCGUGUCCUCUAAACCCAGUCAUAAAUGUAGCAAAGGAAACCUGCAACUGUAAAAACGUACUUAAAGACAAAUUAAAUUUUACUGUGAAUUUUGUCAUGAACCAAACAAUUCUUUUCUGGAGUGCCUUCCUGUGCAAACAGACCUAACUAAACAAGACAUGACUAAGACUUGAGAGUGUAUGUAGCUGCGUUCCUCGACUGAAGCACUUCCAGACAAGAAGAAUAUUUUAGCUUCCUGUUGAGCUACUUGAAUGCAGGGCUGACGCGGCGCGCCACGUGGUCAUGUAUCUGUGAUUGACAGUAAAAGUUGGAGUACACCUUUGAUAAACAGUAGAAUCAAUCAGUCUGGAGUUUUGAAAUAAUAAACCCGCUUGUGUGUUGCUUAUUACUCAGAAAGACUUGAUUUAGUCACAUAUUUAGGGUAACCGGCACAAAUAUUUAAUCUUGUUGUCAUGACUGUGAAAUCCUGUCCUUACUUACGCAGCUAUCACUGUACAUCAAGGUUGUGUUCACACUGCCAGCACAAAUCCAAUUUUUGGCAUAUCCAGAUUGUAUUUGGAUUUAUUUAUUUAUUUAUUUGAAAGUCUGGAGCCAAAAUCACAUGAAAUUCCGUUUUUUCCAUAUCAGAUUCAAACCACAUACAGAAGUGGUUUCAAAUGUGACUGUUAGCUAGAAGUUAGUUUGUCUGAACCUGGCACCUGUGCACUAUAUAGGAGUUCAUACUGACCUCCUUCGUUCCUGGCACUUUCUUGUAAUUUGUAGAAAGUUGGCGCCGCAGCUCUACAUAACCAUUUGCAAGAAAAGCCAGUUCGGGUUCCUCCGUUUGGAUUCAUUUACAUCUGUUCCAUGUGUUGAGGUUACCAUAGCAACCAUGUGGAUUAGGGAAUGUCAGCAAGGACACACAGAUCAGGAUCUGAUCACUUCCAGUAUAUAAUGUACAGACUCAGUCAGCAAAAUCGGAUUCUGAUUGAAUGUGUUAAAAGUUGGAUUUGGUCUGGCAGCGUGAACGUAGUCUUAGAGCACCGGCAACUUCCAGACUGUGGAUGGUGUGAUGUUUUUGUUUCUCUUCCUUUAACUUGGCAGCUAUACUGAUAUUCAUAAACAUUUCCACUCUCUGCCACUAGUCCUUUUGUACAUAUAAAGCUAUUCUAUGACCGAUUAACUGUUUGUUACUCAUACUUAACCAUACUAUGGUGCACUUUCAUUUUUAAAAUUGAUUUAAAAGCAAGCAUGAAACGUUUGAGUCAAAUACAGUCUCAUGAAAAAAAGACAUGUCAGUAGCAUGCAAUGUAUGACUUAUUUUAGUAAAUUUAAUAUGGUAUAUACAUGUAUAUAUGUUAUAUUUUUUCUUUUUUUGUAAU